GACAUAAUCCUUCGACCUCGUAUUAUUGUACGACUAUUUCAUGUACUCUUAUUAGCCACUGAAUCGAGGUCUCACCGCUAGGUAGAUACUCUUUUGGGAAACGCGGUGUUCGUAUUCUGAGAGGCCUUAAGCUUAACAUGGAAAUUUGAGUAGCGCAGAUCCCCCGGGAUGUCGGCCGUUGGGUGGGGAGGCGGCCGAUUCUGUCAAAAAUAGUCCAUCUUGGCCGUAAAUAGAGCAUCAACUGGGCGGGUUGCUCGGUUAAGACACGAGUGAAGCGUACCGUACUAUUCUCUCGCAAAACUCGGUAGUGGAUUGUUGUUUUUCUUACUAUGAUGCUAGCAUAAACCAGCUAUCCUAUUGGUUAUUUUGAUCAAAACAUGGUUUAAUUCUGGGGAUAUCCACUACCGACUUUUGCGAGGGAAUACGAUAAUAUUGAGGCUCAAUGAAGCCUGACGCUAACGACCAUCCCAGGCUCUCAACAUCUCAAGACUUACAUCACAACAAUCUUAAAGACAUUCUCAAAUAUUCCCUAAACGAAACUUCUAAACCAAUCAACAUGAAGUUCACCACCACUGCCGUUGUUGCCAUUGCUGCACUCGUUGAGUCAGCCUCUGCCUUGGGCAAAGCUCGCGUUGUCAACAAGUGCCCCUUCAGCGUCACUCUCUGGUCUGUUGGCAGCGCCAUCUCUCAGCCAACAACUCUCGCUCAGGGUGGUUCAUAUGGCGAGACCUUUUCUCGCGAUCCUGUCACCGGCGGCCGUGCCAUCAAAGUCACUGUCCAGCCUGAUGGCCUCUAUACCGGCAAGCCAGAGACCAUUUUUGCUACAAAUCUCCAAGACAACACCAUCUGGUACGACCUUUCGGAUGUUUUCGGCGAUGCUUUCAGCGGGAAGAAAGUGACUGUUACCAGCGCAAAUACUGCGUGCCCCCAAAUCGUUUGGUCAAACGGUGUUCCUCCUGCGGGAAGCCAAGUCAAGAACUGCGGCGCGGAUAAGGAUGUGACUUUGACGCUAUGUGCUUAAAACAAUGCAUGCACAAGCUAAGGAAAGGGUAUAUAAGUUAGACCAUGAUGUAAUUUUAACCUGUUCAAGUCGUAUGUUAGCAAUGAAUAAUGAAUUAUGAAAGUUUUCUGAUCCGUC